CCCUAAUUCCUACUCAGCGCAGCGCCGCUCUUCUUCUCCAUUCUGUUUUUGCUUUUUUUCUUUCAUCUUCUUCUACCGCCUCCUGCUCCGGCGAAGGACGCCGCCCUCAGCCACCGCCACCACCACCACCGGCAUUCCCCCUUCUAUCCUUCACCGCGCACGGCGAGGUUGCACAUGCAGCGCCGCCUCAGUCUCCACACCGCCGCCGCAAUCACCAUCUCCACGCCGUCCACCAUCACCAAAAUUUCUCGUCGAUCCGACUCGCCCGGCCUCCUCCAUCCUUGGCGCCUCGCUCCAAUCCGCCCGGCCUCCUCCGUCCUUGGCGCCUCGCUCCGAUCCGCCCGGCCUCCUCCGUCCUUGACGCUGCGUCAGAAUCUGGCCGCUGGUCUCGCCGACCCCCGCCUUCUCCGUCCUUGGUGCCCCUGUUAGAAGCAGUAUAAGCUUCUUCAUCAGCUCAGCCGAUUCGUUGUCGUCGCCGUCGAACCGAUUAGUCAUAUCUACCGACCACACUUUCUCUAUCUCUUCUCUUUCUUUGAAAUUGUAUCUUCUCUUCCAUAUUAUACUGAUUCAUUUCUUGGCCCCAAAGUAUUGUGCCAACUCGUAUUUGUACUUCUUCAUUUCUUGGAGCCAAAGUAUUGUUUAUUAACCAUGUAGAUGUGUAUAUGUAGAUUUUACCCAAUGAAUAUAAAGAGACACAUUCGUUAAAAGAGUUCAUCAAUUUCCCGCCAUAAUGGCUUAGAUUGUCUCAAGUCGAGCAUUUAUAUAGAUAUAGAUAUAGAUAUAGAUAAUCUUAUAGUUAUAGGGCAAAGUCAUCACGACAAUACAAGUGGAGGGAAUUUGCACCAAAACGUCGUCGUAUAAUUUUUGUCCCCAUUUCUCCAUAGCCAUUUCUUCUGCUACUUCUCGAAAUUUCGGCGCUUCUUUCCCGCAGUAUAUAUAGAGGUGAUUGAGAAGGAAUUAGGUUAAGUAGAAAUGGGGAGUGCAGGUAGAGAACUGACAAUUUCUCUGGAUGCUGUGAGGGACAAGAAUUUGAUGCAAUUGAAAAAGCUCAACACCGCGCUAUUCCCAGUUCGCUACAACGAUAAAUACUACGCAGAUGCUAUCGCCUCCGGUGAAUUUACUAAAUUGGCCUACUAUUGUGACAUUUGUGUCGGGUCUAUUGCCUGCCGUCUUGAGAAGAAGGAAAAUGGUGGUGUUCGUGUAUACAUAAUGACAUUGGGUGUUUUGGCUCCAUAUCGCGGAUUAGGCAUUGGUACAAAGUUGUUGAAUCAUAUUCUUGAUCUUUGCACGAAGCAGAACAUUGGUGAGGUCUACUUGCAUGUGCAGACAAACAACGAUGAUGCUAUCAAGUUCUACCAGAAAUUCGGAUUUGAAAUCACAGAUACAAUCCACAACUAUUACACAAACAUCACGCCACCAGAUUGCUACGUCGUCACCAAGUUCAUCACUCGGCCCCAAUUGACGAAAUGAUACCUUGAAGAGAGUUUCUUGAACAUUCACACUGUUGUUCUCAGAGAAGUGAAUCUGAUCCCGACGAAAAUCUCUUGAAGAAGUUAACUGGUAUCGGCGGCACCUUGUACUUGAACCGUGGAUGGCGCAGUACGAAGAGGUCGAUGAGGAGGGCGAUGAUCUGGAAAGGCGUGAUGUAGAGGAUCGCAGUCCACGCGAACGAGAAAGUAGUGAAUAUGGCGGCUGCCCUCGGAUCCCUUCAGCUCAGCAAGCAAAGGAUGGGCGAUUGCUUCACCGUGCCCUAAACAGACGAUGCACAACAUUCAUUGAACUAUUUUGUUGAGAACUGUAAUUUAGAUGACCUUGAACUUUGUUUUUUCUUAUGUUGAUGUUCUUCUUCUUUUUCCAGCGAUUCGUUCUCUGCGUCUAUUAUAUGCCAAAAUUACGUAUUUAAUUAAAA